GAUUUCUCUCGCUUUUCCACAGGAAUUCAUACUUCAGCAUAAACUAAUCGUAAAUAGGUACUCACAAAGUGUAAAUAAAAAUGAAUCUUCAUAUGUUGACAACUAUCCUAAGCUUCAUGGAUACUUAUUUGCUUAUGGACGCGGUGAUUCCAGAUUUGGACGACCCUCAAGAAAUAUUACCGCCCGACAUGAGAUGGACAAUGUGGGACGACUCUAGAAUAACAUCGGAGUUCCAGUCCUUGGUCCACGCAACCGGUUGGAAGGAAGAAAGGAACAGCAAAGCCAAACUCAUAACCAUUCAUUCCCUGUGGUCCAAGGCCUACAACAGACGAAUUUUCAAAAGCACAGCGGAAUUUCCGAACACAGCAGAAGAGGUGAUGAACGCCAUCUGGGUGGAAGCAAUGCAGUCCACUGCUUGGAAUACAAACGUCGGUCGACACAAGUUCUUGACCUAUGCCGGAAGGAACAAGAUGAUGGUAUGGCAACAAACCGCUCCGACCCCCGGAAAUAUUCUCUCCCCGAGGGACUUCACCAACUACUACUUCCGAAUUACCUGCGCGGGAAGUGAUGCAGAAAAUCUCGGAACGAGGACCUGCGAAGAUGGCACGCCAAACAUGGUUAUGUACUCCAACGCCACGGGUCACGUGAACUAUCCUGGCGAUGAAGACGCCGUCAAGGCUACUGCAGGAAGUUCUGGAUUCAUGGUGCGAAGGAUUACGCAAGACCCCCCUAAGACAGAAUACACGUUUGUGAUGAACUCGGAACUCCAACUGCCGUCUCUUGUGCCAGAAUCUGUGCUUCGACGUGUAAUCGUGGGUUCAAUGUUCAAACUGACUCGGGACCUGCAAGAUUUUUUGCGGAGCCAAUGACUUCGAACAAAUCCCGAGACGAAUCCUAUUUUUCCAUAAAGGAACUCAUGUCAAAAUGUUCUCUUGAGAAAAAAAGAAUCGCUGAAAUAUGUCCACGGGAAGUAUGUGAAGACGGCGUGAAAGAAACACCGGAACAUGAUGAGGAAGAAAUUAGUAGACGUUAUAAUAGGACUUGCAUUACAUUGCUCAGGGAGGCGGACUCCUUUUCGAAGAAAAAGAAAAGCACGAAAAGGCAAAGAAAGAAAAAUUGCUGCGCAUACCUACUUCUGACUGCUUCACAAUUUUGCUUCAUAUCUAAGAUCAUUUUCCAUGAAGAAAUUUCGGAAUCCCGAAAUGGUCAACGAACGCGCUCGAUCGAAUAGUAUUCCGCGAGGCACUGCGAACAUCUUGAAAUAUUUUGCCGGUCUGAUGAUUGAAGUUCGCUGAAAAUUCGCAUGGCAUUGUCAAUCAAACUCAUGUUCUUGCACCAAAGAGUACUCUGUUCUUAAUUACUAAUUUUCCUUUCCAAAUAUGCAUUGUACACAAUGUUGCCUCAAUGCACUUUUCCUUCACGGUUGUUAAUCCUGAAAUUGAUCCCGGACCUGACGCGCCUUUAUUUAUUCAGUGUAGACAAAAAGUGGAAGUCCAAAGUAAUUCAACUGACUUUGUUUUAGAAGUGAAUUUUAUACAUAAUUCGGUAGUACAAGAAAAAGUCAGUUUUAGAGUGAAUAAAAUUGAAUCGUCAUGUUUCAUUUCUGAAAAGCUCAUGGUGAUGAUGGAUCCACGGCCAACGUGGAAUUCCCCUCCGAACAGUCUGAUUCUAUUUUGUGCUCAGUCACAGUAUCAGUCAAAGUUCGCGUAUUUUCCCUGUGAAACUUCCUGUCUGUCAAACUUUCAUCGCAUGGAAAUUUUGGGUUUUUUAUUCGAUUUUUUUAAAGAACCGCGAUAUUGAUAUUUAGGUCAAAUACAAAAAUUCAUCGUCCA